AUGUCAGACACGUUUGUCUUUGAGAAUAAAUCUCCCCGUUCGGUGCUGCUGGUGUCUGAGAUGACAGUUUGCAGAGGUCUGAACAAAGUCUCGCUGCGGUGUGAGCCGUGCCGUGACUGGCAGAAGGGAAGAGGAGCGGGGUUAACAAGUGCAUGGCAGCGGCGCUCGCUGCGGAGCCCGUCGCUCACAGACAGGAAGUCCGCUCCGAUCAGGGACACGGCGAAGCGGCAGGUGGAUGAGGAAUGUGACUUUCAGGUUUGA